AUGGGGAAUGGAAAGAAGGGCAAGGCCAAGGCUGGCAGGGACAACUCAGGUCAAAACAACGGACCAACCUCAAAGAAAGAACCAAUCUGGAAACAGCCAUACAAAGAGUUUGUUCCAACAGUUCCGAAUAAAACAGACACAUGGACAUGGUCUACCCUACCUUCUGCCAUCAUCGGCAUCACCGGUGCUCAACAACCUCAAGUUUCACAAGCUAGUGUUAACUCGGCAAAGACUGCUAGUGGUCACCGCACUCAACAGAGUAUCUUUCUAUCCGGUCCGGGCCCAAGCACAUUCGUUUUGAUGUAUUACAUUAAUAAUUCGGUACCUGCCAAUGAGGAGUCCUUUUGGGAACCCCGCCCUCUUCCUUCCAGAAAAGGUGGUAUCAAAACCGACACUCCUGAGCUGAAUCGAAGUUUGUGGACUACAGUACCUGAAAACGCAAAAUGGCUUACUUUGCCAUCAUGGGUAAAAAAAUCAUCAUGUAUCAAUGUCAGCACUUGGUGUACCAAAAAGACUGCCAUGAAGUUGUUCAAUCGUUCACACUCAUGGGCUGCAGUAUCAACCACUGCCAAAUUUCCAACCCCUCCCAAGCAAAAGAAUCCUAAUGGAGCUGUUGCAAGUUCUGGAUCUUGGGGUCCACCCGAGCCAGUUGUUAAGAAAGAUCCCAACGCACCAAAUCCUUGGGUAAACAUGAAAGUGACACCCCUCGAGCCAGAAGAAAAGUUUCCCACAUUGGUCAACUGGCCUUUCACAGGUGACAACGAUAGAUUGAAGAAGUUGGUCUCUUUGGGACUAUUUGUUGAAAAUUACACGGUUAAAGUGUUCAAGAAGCCAAAGAAUGAUCAAAAGCAAAGUGCAUUGAUCAGAGCGCUUCAGGUGGAAGGUGUCAAUUACAUCCUCCUCAAAUUGAUUUGGGAACAUCACAGCACCGCUUCCGCAUUAUCUCGAGCCAGCCAGAGAUCUUGGGAUGUUUUGAUGGGUGUAGCUGAUAUUUGGGAUGUCUCCGGAGGCAAUUAUCAACGCUGCGAUAUACCACGAGAAGAGACCGAAUUUUCUAUCGGUGUUGCUCCAGUUGUUGUCGUCACCCCCACUAGAGAUCAGGAGCCUAUCAAAUACAUUGAUCAAGUCAAAAACUUGCAUAAGAUGUGCCUCUCUAUGCAUAGCUUCUGCGAGUUCAUGCAGAACGUCCAGUUUCACCAUAUCCCUUUCCUCACCAAGCAUGUGCUCGCUCUAGUCAUCCCUCCAUUGCGUAAACUCAGAACCCUUGGAGUUUACAACUGCCCAUUGAUUCACCUUGGUGAUGGUCUCGAGAUUCUCGACAUUAUCCAACGCGAUCGUCCCCGUGGUUGCGAAAACCAAGUCUCUUUAGACUUCUACCCAGCAUACCACGUCGGUCCUCAUUCAACAUACCAAGUAGGUCCCAAAAAGGGCCAAAAGAAAGUAGGGCAGUCACACGCAUUUGGUGUUUCUUGGGAUGAUACCGGCAUGUGGGUUGACGGUGAUGUUCGAAUUGCCAUUUGGCAAGAAGUAAGUGGUCUUAUCCAACAGGCGAGAUCGCAGGGCAUUGACUUCGAGUCCAAACACACCAUGUUUAGACAAUGGUUGGAUAAAUCACCUUGUUUGGCCGUCGAAGCAACUUUGAAGAUUCUUGUGAAUCCACGAUCCACACUCGAGAAUGUCAUCGCCCAUGUUGCAUAUGGAGAGUUUGGUGGCAGAGUGGACAAGUUUUUAAGGUCAAAGCCUGGUCAAGUCCCCAACAAGCCCGAGGGUUCACAAUGGAUGAAAGAAGGCUUCAGAUGUAAAGACUGCAACGUCGUACAUUUUGGACUCUACUUCUCCUAUGGCAUGAUCCGCAACUUCAAAAUGGACAACCAAGAUCGUCCCACGUGCAUGGCCUGCAAGCUAAUCGAAUACCUAGACAUGGAAAGCGACCACUACAAGAUUGAAAAGCGCACCAUCAUCAAGCAUUGGUGUUGGGAUUACUCUCUCACCAAUGAAGAUCCUCGAGUUAUUGGAGACUGGAACACCCAAAAUCUUCCCAGAUUUCUCCGAGCUUUUAGACGUACCCAAGGUCAGCGUGUCAAGAGAUUGGCGCGAUUGCUUGACUCUAUUAGAGAGAGUGAGGAGAGAUAUCGCCAGAUUUUCCACGAAACUGACGAGGUUCAACGUCCAAUCAACCACCAGGCUUUGGGCAGACGAGGCCAUUAUGGUAUUCGAGCACCAACCGUGGAUGAAAAGAAGGCCAUUGAAAGUGGAAGAUUGCAAAGAGAAUGGGAUUACUUCCGCACAGAUCGCAUCAAUGGUCAUGGACAACCUUCUACCUUCCGAUCUUGGUAG